GUAUCCUCAUGGCCUGUAUUUGGCUGUGUCAACAAAGGCAGCCGAAAGGGGUCAUGUCCACUCGGUCCACUUGAGGCUCUUUGCUGUGUGUUUUCUAGAUCAAGUGGAUGGCUCUUUUGGCAUCUGUGUGGUGAAGGAUGACACGAAGAUCAGCAUUGAACCACACAUCAACAUAGGGAGCCGGUUUCAGGCUGAGAUCCCGGAGCUGCAGGAGAGAUCUCUGGCUGGAGUGGACAAGCAUGUGGCAGCUCUGGUUUGGAAGCCAUGGGGAGAUGUGAUGACCAAUCCCGAGACACAGGACAGAGUGACAGAGCUCUGUAACGUGGCAUGCUCCAGUGUGAUGCCAGGAGGGGGCACCAACCUGGAGCUCGCUCUGCACUGCCUGCACGAAGCCCAGGGCAGCAUUGAG